AUGCAUCUGUCAUUUCGCUUUCCAGACGGGCGCACUGUUGGACCUGUUCAGUGUGAUCCGCACAUGCUCGUAGAUGAUGUGGCCUAUCGCCUGAAGACCCAGAUCAAGCCCACAGAGAAGGUGUAUGCUCGUCUUUCUUGGGAGGGCUGUUGGCUACCACCGUGCCAGAAGCUGUCAGGAACAUCUGUGGCCGAUGAGGACGUUAUUGAGACCAUGUGGGCCUCAGCAUUGCCUUUGGCCGUGCAAGGUACUGACGGACAGGAGGUCUUACCGAGACGACUCCCAGUCCUGCCAAGGUUCGACAGCAGUGCUUCAGAGGGUGUGUUUGACUUCCUUGAUUUCUCCGGCAUGUACAAGCUUGACCAGCAUCUUCACGAGUUGGAGCUGCUUCCCACAGCUUCGUUACAGUCAAUACAAAUGUUGGACAUUCGCCAGUGCGGCUUGCAAGCGAACUACUUGUGCCAGCUGCUUGUACUGAUGCCAUCCUCUUUGAAAGAGUUGCGGGCAAGCCGGAAUUUCAUCGACAAAUCUGUUUUGGAGUGCCUCUGCGACAGUGGAUUUCCCUUGAGAGUCCUGGACAUUGGCUACUCUCAUUGCAAGGACUGCUCCUCACUGCCCCGCAUCGGCGAAGUCUUCGGGGCAACUUUGGAAGAGCUGGGCGUGGCGGAUCUGAGCAAGUUGGGAAAACCCAAACUGCUGGCCGACGCGCUCUCCCGGUGUCCGGCCUUGAAGGUGAUCGACUUCACUUUCAUCUACAGGCAGGGCUUCUCGGAGGCCAUCUUCAAAUGCCUAGGGCAGCACUGCCCGGAGAUUGAGGCCGUGUAUGGCUAUCGCACAAUUCUGCCCGAAGAAGCAGUUCUGGCAGACUUCCUCUCUCGCAGCCGGAACCUUGCGCACCUGGAAGUUUCGGGCAUCGCCGGGCCCGAAGCGAUUCUGAGAAUGGCCGAGCUCCCCUCGUUGAGGUCACUGCGCCUGGAGCUCUUCUCUUCAGGCCCAGAGAUGAUGGAAGCUGUGUGUCGCCUCAAGGUCGGGACAUUGUUCCUGGAGUUUACGAAUAAGGCCGUGGACCAAGACGGAGAUGUGGUGGGCCUCUGUGGCAACGCGCAGAGCCUCGCGACGUCCUUUGGUAGCUCUCCUUCGACAUGCCUCUCGCUCACCGUUUGUGCAGUGGACCCUCCGGUGCUUCAAGCCGUGGGCUCCCGUUUGCAUGGGCUGGGGCCGGUCAGGUCCCACAGCUCAGGGCACUCCAUCCUGGGCGCGCUCGCGCAAGCUCCGAGCUGCUGUGUGAAUCUUGAGCGUCUGAGCAUCAACUACUUCGAGCAGAUUGAGGCAGGCACCCUGGCUACGGUGGCUGGGCUGUGUCCCCUGUUGAAGCAUCUGCGGCUGAAUGCCGACGAGCUGUGCUUUCAAAAGACGCCCAUUGACGAGGGGGUCUUGGCUCUUGGCCGCCACUGCAGCAGGCUGGAACAUGUAGACCUCUACGACCGGUACCUGGAGGAUCCCGCAACGACGCUUUCCACGGCGGUGGCUGGGUGGCCCGGCCUCCGCUACUUGUGUGUUGGUGGCACCACUGUGAAGCGCUGGGAAGUGGUCGAUCCAGAUGCCAAGAUCGUGCGCGCGCUGGCAGCUUCUUGCCCCUGUCUCCAGGAGGCUGUCUUCAUACACGACACUCCUGAAGACUGGUCGACGAGACUGAAGGAAGCUUGCCCUCUGUAUGGAGCUUCAUGGGUGCGGCUGCCUAACACUAAACCCUAA